UCUGACAUUUCCCGCGUUUUUGAUCAUAUGCCGGUGUAAACAGGUAUAAAUUAAAAGAUUUAGGGGAUGAUUUUGUGUAAUUAAACCAUGGAGAUUGAGGUUUUACCAUCUACAAGCAAUGGUGACACAAAAAUUAAAGAAAAGGAUAGUAAAUCUUUAAAUUUACCAUGGAUAGAAAAAUAUCGGCCGCAAGUAUUUUCUGACAUUGUUGGCAAUGAAGACACUGUAUCCAGAUUAGCUGUUUUUGCUCAACAUGGAAAUACUCCAAAUAUUAUUAUUGCUGGUCCACCUGGAGUAGGUAAAACUACUACCAUUUUAUGUUUGGCACGUACCCUAUUAGGACCAGCAUUUAAAGAAGCUGUGCUUGAACUAAAUGCUUCGAAUGAGAGAGGAAUAGAUGUAGUUAGGAACAAAAUUAAAAUGUUUGCUCAAAAAAAGGUUAAUCUACCAAAAGGAAAACAUAAGAUUAUUAUUUUAGACGAGGCUGACAGUAUGACUGACGGUGCGCAGCAGGCAUUACGCCGAACAAUGGAGAUUUACAGCCAUACAACCAGAUUUGCUCUUGCAUGUAACAACACAGAGGAGAUCAUCGAACCUAUACAGUCACGAUGUGCUAUGUUAAGAUAUGGAAAGUUAACAGAUGCCCAAAUUCUAGCAAAAGUGCUUGAAGUUUGCGGGAAAGAAAAUUUAUCUUAUACAGAUGACGGUAUGGAAGCAAUAGUAUUCACAGCCCAAGGAGAUAUGAGACAAGCCUUGAAUAAUCUGCAGUCUACACAUAAUGGUUUCAAUCAUGUGAAUGGUGAAAAUGUAUUUAAAGUCUGCGAUGAACCUCAUCCUUUAAUUGUUAAAGAAAUGUUGGAUGAUUGCAUAAAAGGAGACGUUUCUAAAGCAUGCACGGUAAUGGAUCAUUUCUGGAAAAUGGGAUACUCUGCGGAAGAUAUAAUCAGUAAUAUAUUUAAAGUUUGUAAAAAUCACACUAUGGAUGAACAGUUAAAACUGAAAUUUGUCAAGGAAAUUGGGUUAACACAUAUGGGAAUAGUGGAAGGUAUCAAUAGCUUGUUACAGUUGCAUGCCCUCGCGGCACGACUUUGCCGCGAAUGUAUGUCGAAAUGAUAGUGUAGAUAAAGUUGAUUAUCUCUUACUAUUUUUUAAAAUAAAUAUGUUUAUAUAUUUUUAGUAAAUAAUCUAUCUUGUAAUCUUAUCGCGAGUUUAGAAAUAAUUUGUCAUAAUAAUUUUCCUAAAAAAACUUUUAUUUUUACUGACAAAUAUAACAUACGAUACAGUUCUUAAAUCUAAAUAGUGUUGUACAUUGUGUAUAACAUAUUAAUGCGCAUUUCAUCGAAUACAUUAUCGUAAGCAACGAUAGGACUAGUAAUUUUAAGAAAUGAGAAUCUUUAGAUUUGUAUUAACGUACCACUAUUGCGCAUACUAUUACUAUUAAAAAUAAUUUGCAAACACCAUAUACAGCUUAGUUUGUAAUAGUAUUGGUUCUACAAGUAAAAGUUAUAAGUAUAUAUUUUAAUGUACGCGGUUUAAUGCACGAAAUUUUAUUUUGACGUAAUGUUAAUCUUUUUCAUUAUCAGCCCUUAUAAGCAGUUAGGUUAAUACACAUUCGUGUUAAUACACAAUGAUCACUAAGUUGAAAUACUAAUAUCUGCUAAUUCAGAUUUAUCUUUAUUUCUUUAAGCGAUAUCAUACAUUUUGUGAUUAUAGAUAUAUUUGACAUUCGCACGUAUUAGAUUCGCGGGGCUCGGAAAAACCAUGUUAUAAACCAUCGCAAUACAUAAUUGGUAAUUAUAAAAUAAACGCAAAACAAAUAUAUGAUAUUUAUAGAA